AUGGCGCAGAUGUGACAGUCGAGCCGCAGUUGGAAAAGUGGGCGGUGUGGUGAUAUACGCGCAUGAUUAUCGAUGACCUAGAGAUCGACAUUCCUUUCAAGGCUGAGUCCCUUUUUGUUCGCGGGAGUGCACGCGGUAGGCGCGUGGCGCGUGGUGCUGGAUCUUUUCCUUGGUUUGGCACUCUUAUUUCGGGUUCUGUGUGCGAACAGUCCUAAACUAGCACCGCUUGGCGUUGUGCUUCUCACGGUUUCUGUUUUUGGUUGCUGAUAUGUCGUUAUUCUACUCUUACUUUUUCGGCGUGCCCGGCGGUACCUGGAUGGCGCUGUCGGUGGCAGGCUACAUCACCUACUACUUAUCUAAAUGUGUUCAGCGUCCAGUGAUGGCAGUGAAUCCGGACAGCAAGUUUGCCCAGUUCCUGACGUCACAUCUGAGCGUCCUGCAGGAGAAGUACUGGCCCACUCCCUGGUGCCUGGAGGCGCGCCUGCAGACGGUGCUCGGCAGCCUGUUCAGGAGCCAGCUGCCCAACAUUGACUACCAGAGAGAGCUGGUGGACCUUCCUGACGGCGGUGUGGUGGCUCUGGACUGGCAUCGCGCCUCAUUCAAGGGAGCCAAGAAGGACGACCCCCAUCCGAUCGUACUGCUCGUCCCCGGACUCACAGGCAGCAGUCAGUCGGACUACAUCCGGAGUCUGAUCCACGUCUCGGAGAAGAUCGGCGCCAGCUGUGUGGUGCUCAAUCAGCGGGGUCGCGGCGGCGUGAAACUGAAGACGCCGCGGACCUACUGUGCGGCCAACAGCGAGGACCUCGGCUUUGUGAUCGACCACCUUCACAAGACAUUCCCCCGAGCCCGACUCAUGCUCACAGGGGUGUCCCUGGGAGGUAUGAUCGUCGGUAACUAUCUGCAGCAGCAGUCGUCCGCCGCCGUCGACAAGGUACUGGCCGCCAUGAUCAUCUCCGUGCCGUGGAACGUAUUCGUGGGCUGCGCCAGUCUGGAGACGCCCCACCUGAACCUGAUGCUCAACAGACACCUGGCAGACUGCCUCGUCGACUCGGUGAAAAUGCAUGAGGACGUCAUCAAUCACGAGAACGCCCCCUGGAACUGGAAGGAGGUCUGCAAGUCCCGCACGAUCCGCGAGUUCGACGCCUCGUUUGUGGUCAAACAGUUUGGUUUCCGUGACGUCGAGGACUACUACACGGCAGCCUCACUGAACGACAAGCUGCACCGCAUCCAGGUGCCCCUGCUGGGUCUGAACGCCGCCGACGAUCCCUUCAUUCCCUUCAACGGCGUACCCCUGGAGCAGGUGAAGCAGACCUCGCACGUGGCCAUCGUGAUGACCUCGCACGGCGGCCACAUCGGCUUCAUGGAGGGGAUGCUGCCGUUCAAACAGAACUACAUCGACCGCGUGUUUGCCGAGUACUGUCGGGCGGCGCUGGCCAACCCGGAGCUGAUACAGCAGUAGGCGGCAGGGCGGGCAGCUGAGGGGAGAGAGUGAAAGACCGACAGGAGGGAGUGAAGGGGCAGAGAGGGUGAAGCUAGGAGGGAGGAUGGUAUGUUGGAGAUGAGCUCUAGGACGUAUGUGAUUGGAAAGAUUGUUUUAGGUAGGCGCAGUUAAAGUUUAGGUCGAUGUUAGCAGCUUGUUGAGAGUUGGAGCGUAGGUAGGAAUUCUAGUCUCGAUUGAUGGUUUAUUUUACAAGUGCGUCUGGUUUAUUCGAACUGUUUACGUUGCAUUUGCACAUGUAGUUCACGUGCCACCAACGGUCAUCCUAAUUCCCAGUAUUGAUUUGACACAUUGCCGUAGUCUUUACUCUUUUCCAUUAAGCACAUCCGAUUCUCUCCAGUUUCAACUCUGCAGUUAAGUUACAUCGCUUUUUAUCCAAAUACCAUUCCUCUUUGUAUUAUAACUGCAUUUCUGACCGCUCAAGACCAGCUGAGGACAACUGUUCUUUCCCACACCUUCAUUUCCUUCUCCCCCAACCACGCCCAAGCAUGCGCUCUGUCCACCACAAUCACCAGACCACGUUGGCUGAACAAACUGUCUGGUCAUCUGGUCGGGCCAUCGGACCUUGCACCUUCUGUCACCCACCCAGCGCCCCCGGCAGCGGGGAAAUUUACACAGACUACCCCGCCGCCGCCGCCGCCGCCGCCGCGGCUUUUUCGGUCGCCCGGCGGGCUCGUAUCGAACGUUCCGCGGACGGCGGCGAUGAAAUGGCUCGCUCGAUAGCCGCCGCCGGUGGACUUUGGUCCGCGGUGCGGCCUGGGACCGGGCACCGCCGGCCGAGGGCAGGGGUCACCCGCGUGGUACGCCAGGGUUCGCCCGCGUGGUAUGCCCCGCAGUCAGGUUACUCGCGGACUUUGAGUUUAGUUUGUACGAUGAGUCAGGGUGAUGGUCUGCUGAUAGAAGGCAGGAUGACGCGUUAGGAUUUACAGGUUUUGCCCGGCUGCUGUUGUGGGGGUUAUAGGAACGAUUGCAGAGUGGGUUGAUACUUCAAAUACUCCGCUGUCUAUAGCAGCAUGCCUCUUGUCCGAUACGAAGAUACAGUAGUCGGUUGUGACUGAAACACCUCAGCAGUAGCCGGGUAGACUGGUAGGAAGCCCGCAAUAACCUUUGCCAAUAUUAGUAUUUACUACCCGAUCGAGAGCAGGUAUCUCGAUCUGGUUUUGAUUCCUUCUUGUUCUGUCAUUUAUCUGCAUGAUAGUGCCAUUUUAGAUCGAGUUUCUCACUCAUGCCUUGCAUGCGAAAGGCAUUUUCCGCCGCGGUAGAGCGAAGCCAAGAUGCUUAGAUUCCUAGAAUGUAGUGUCGUAUCUUCCGAUUUCGUUGCAUGCUCGUUUGAGAAUUUCUUUCGCUGGCAAGUGUAGUAUCGAUGACCGGAGAACUGAUGACCGGGCAAAGAGCGGCAGACUCGCAGACGGUAGCAGUCAGUCAGAUCCACCAGACUAGUCUUCGAGUGAUUGUUUUGAGUAUCCGUUUGAGUGUGGUGAUAGAGUGUCCUGUGAUAACCUAGUCUAUAUACGAGUGUCCCGGACUAGUUGUGUUCAUCAAGUGACAUGAAGGCGCUGGACGUCUUCAUUAUUGAUUUCUGGAAAGAUGGUGGUUCGGCAGUGAUUUGACGAUUCUUGCCUCGUUGAUAAGGGUAUUUCGGCGUGCCAUUAUUUCAUAAGUUUGUCUGAGUUGUCGAAUAUCACCGCAUUUUUUGCCAACGCUGGCCGAGCCUGGGUGCAAUCAAGAAGUGAUGCCCUUGUAAAAUAAGUUCGAACAUAAUUAACAAGUUCGGUGAAAGCUCGUCAAAUAAUCGUCAGGUGUGACUUGACAAAAUACAUCGGCAACCUUGUGUGGGCCCUUUUUCGGAUCGGGGCCCUUCAAUCGCCGGUUUAUACAAGUGAAGCGCUGGUAUCUGACAAUUCUCAGGGACGGGAUCGUCCCUAGAGGCCCGUGGCUUGUUCUCGGCUUGCACAGCUCAAUCUGGUGUUCAGGGUUUCAAUCCGCCGUGAGGUACACUCGGGUGUAAUGUUUGACGAACCGGUGUUAUAAUCAGCUGUGUAUGUAUGUGAAAAAUGCAGAUCCCAAUGCUUUGGCCAUUUCGACUGUCAUGGGGUUUAUCGUAUGAUGCUGAGAGUGAAUGAAAACUGUUGAAAGUGUAUGGCCGUAUUCAGUGAUAGAAAUAGGUUAUUGACAUGUUUCGGGGACUGUUUAUAAAUGACAUCACGCUCCAUCGAUUCUCAAGUAAAAGGAUAAUAAUUCUUGGCCCAAUAAAUUGCUAAUGAAGUACGUUGCACCGUAAAGUAAAAUUGAGCGUAGCGUGCUUUAUAAACAGUCCCCGAUUGCGUCUAGACAAGAUGAGUGAUAGUAUUUGUCGAGAGAUAGGCUUCAUGAAUAUUGUUUAUGUAGGUAGGUAGGUCUUUUAGCUUCCACAUUUGUAGAACAAAUAGUCAUCCGCGAUCGGUUUAGAUCCGUCAAUCGUAGUAACGGGUAAAGUGCUCGUGGAAUCCGUUGUUUCUUAGCUUCAUCCCAGUAGUUCCUAUCUUGUCCAUGCCUCCGUGCUAGGCAUUCCACAUAGAUAUUAUUUGAUCCUCCGAUCUUCCCCGGUAAUGAUUAUCUAGAAUAUUAUCACCUCUUAUCUAUUGAAUUUGAUUGCAUAUGCACCAGCACGUAGCGUAGCAUUCCAGUUUAGGACCUUCACAUCCGCAGUCGUUCAGCCGUACCUUUACUGGAGUAAUGUUGCUGAUACACUCUAAGGACUUUGUUUACCAGUAUUGACUCGUGUGUCCGUCACUCCCUUCGGUACUACCUUCUUAUGCACGUCUUUACAAUGUUACGCUGUCUGUCUCGGCAAUACACUCUCCAUCUAU